AUGAUCACUUCACUCUACUUAUUAAUAGUAUCUGCUAAGAUAUUCAAACUGAUCUUCGGUGAACAUGUCUUGGAUGUAGUUGAGUGCAGAUGGAAGAGUUUCAAUUGGCGUGGGUAUUCGUACGGCAUGGUACGGUAUGAACAUGAUAGGAAUGGAUGGGUAGGUAGUAGUUUGGUUAAAAAUUAGGCUGUUCAUUUAAUGUUGUGCUUUUUCUAAGAAAAUUAAUAAAAAAUCACAAAAUUUCAAAUAAUUUUUAGGGGGCGCAGGAUUAAGUGAACGGCCCAAUAUUAAUUGUUUUAAAAGAUAAAUACUAAUUGAUAUGUGAUUAAUUGAUGUAAAUAAUAAUUGAUACUACUAUCUUCAGGACUACUUUUACACAAUAUUCUUGUUAUUUUACAUUGCCUAUUCAUUUACUGACAUGGUAAAACAUUUGCUUGAUGUUAUGUUUCACAACGAUUAUUCAGAUGGUGUUACAGUAAGAUGGGGUAUUGGUAAGCUAGUUUUCCAUAGUUUUAGGAAAUGACAUGCUAAAUACUUUAAAUAAGAAAGCUUUUUUCUGUUAUAAGUAGCUUUUUAAUCAAAUAUGCUCUAGGGUAAUCAGGCCGAUAGUCCGCUGAUUAAUAUAUGUUUCGUCGUAUAACAUGUCGCUUUUUUCAAAUUAAAAAAACUUUUUAGUGAUAAAAUGAUGCAAAAUGUAUUUUUUAUUAUUUUUGUUAAAAAAAAAUUAAUUAAUUAAAUAUUUUAUACGAUUACACAUGUCAUAGUUGCACUGGGACAUGUUUCAUAGUAUAACACCUGCUGUUUUGGAUUUUUGAAAAAUCUUUAAAAAACAAUAAAAAACCCGAUAAAUAAUGCUUAUAAUAAUUCUCGUAUUUUACUUUAUUAUGUCCCAUUUUCAGACAUUUGCACAACAAUUCUGGGCGUAAUAAUCAUCAUAAUAGAGCUGCCCGGCUGUACGAUGUAUUCAGAUGAAUGGACGUUAUGGUGGAUUGGAGCUGUUUUUUACAGUAGCAUUGAUAUGUUACAUUGUUACUGGAGUGUGAAAGAGGUAAUGAAGAUAACAAUUUUAAUACUUUAACUUUCAAAUUUAGACAAAAGGAUCGAUACAACGAGCGUGGAAGGAUAACAUUGUUUAUAAACGACUGGUCGAUAAUGAUGGUGAUGAGGAACGAGUGAUUGCUUGA